AUGAGCAAUUUUAAGGACAUUAAGUCGACUACCCGUCGACUGAGCUCGGAUAAUAAUUCCGUGAGCAGCAAUGACUGGGAUAUGGCCAAUGAUGUGUUUGUGUCCUGCUACGAGGAACCGAUGGGAGAGACUAUGCACGGGGAGAUGGACUCGGUCCAGUCCGGCUUGGAAAUGCACCUGCCUCCGCUGCUGCUAGGCGAUCAUCGUUUAUCUCAAGACGGCAUGAUAUUGGGCCUAGUGGAGGAAACUUACUCGGGCUAUCACUCUCUCUCCGACUCGGGGACAGGCUAUUUGGACAUCACAAACGACCUGAAGUACACCGAAAGUGAUGGGAAUGUGACUACAAAGAAGCGGAACCGCUCCAACAGUUCCAGGCACCGUGGGGAGGUCGUCACCGAGCUGGGACCCGAGGAAGUGCGAUGGUUCUACAAAGAGGACAAGAGAACCUGGAAGCCAUUUGUUGGACACGACUCUUUGAAAAUUGAAGUAAUUUACCGCAAAUUAUGUGAAAUAAACCCCUGCAAGGUGAAAUGUCGCAGUCCCGCCACCGAACCAGAGGACGCCAAUGGGUCAGCCACUGGGUCCGAGGCCCAACCGGAGAAUGUGGCGGAGGGGGGAGCCGUUCAAGCGGAGCCGGCAACAGGGGAUCGGGAAGGUGGAGGGGAGGGAGGAUACGAGACGGAUGAAAUCGACCUGGAUUCCAUAAGUGUCAACAUUGAGGCUGUUUGCGUAAGAGGGGGUCUCUAUGAGGUGGAUGUCAAAGAGAAAGAAUGUUACCCCGUCUACUGGAACCGUAAGUAGCCUAUUCUUAUCACUAUAUAUUUUUCUGUCAUGCUGUUUGUCUUAUUAAUCCUGGUUUUAUCACACUGAUACCAGUCCUAUUCAAUAAGCAUGUCAUAACAGUCCCACAUCUAUCAGAGCACAGAGCAAAGUUAGCCUACUGCUCAUUCAAUCCUGCUCAUUCAAUACAGUUGGACCGACAUGACCAUACAUCACAACCCCUUUGUCCACAGAGCAGGACCGUAUUCCUGUGAUGAGGGGCCAGUGGUUCAUCGACGGCACAUGGCUUCCUCUGGAGGAGGACGAGAGUGACCUCAUCGAGCUAGAGCACCUGGCCCAUUUUCGUGGCCACCAGAUGAGGGAGAUCUACGAGACCGCCACCGAAGUGGUGACCACCACAGUGGACAGCAAGGACGGUAAAGUGGAUGGACUCAAUGGCAAGUGGGACGGGGGCGUGCCAUGUGGGGCGUUGGGCGUGACAGUGUCAAUGAAGGGUGUAUGUGUCACAUUCUAUGUGAAUGAUAUAGAUGAACACACACCGGUUCUGGGCCCAAAAACAAACACUAGAACAUCGCACAUGGCUACCACAGAAAGCAAAAACAAGUGAUUCUUAUUGGACAAUUUCAUAUCCGUUCUGAACAAUGUUCUUCUGUUUAGUGCCUACUGAACACGACCCUUGAUUGAGUGCAUGCAAAUGGUGUAUGGAAGUGGGAUUUCUACAAAAGUCACUGGAGACUUAAUUCACAUUAACAGAAGGAAGUUAUUAGGUCGAUGUUAAUUAAUGUUCGUCGUGAUUCUUUCAGCAAUCCACAGUUUGAAACUAAGCCGAAGCCAUGUGGACUGGCACAGUGUGGACGAGGUGUAUCUCUACAGUGACGCCACCACCUCCAAGAUCGCACGGACUGUCACCCAGAGACUGGGCUUCUCCAAAGGUUUGUAUCCCCACUGACAUCAAAUAAGAAUCCUCUUUGUUUCACUGCCUACAAGAUCGUGUAUAACACCUAACUUAAAACCUGCAGGUACAAUUGUGCAUCUAUGGUUAUAAUGCAUUAUAAGCCUUGUCAUAAGCAUGUAUGACGCCCUUAUAAUGUAUUUUUUUUUUUUAUCUCAUAAUGAUCCUGACUAAAAACAUCAAUUUUGAAAGAAAGAUCUAGCAAUUUUGUGGCAUUUGCUCAAAUACUGUGUUUAAGAGCUGGUAUAAUUCCCCUGUGUCCUCCUCAGCUGGCAGUAGUGGAACGCGUCUCCAUCGGGGCUAUGUGGAGGAGGCAGCGCCCGAAGACACACCGCCCGAAACAACACACAUUGUCUUUGUGGUGCAUGGGAUUGGCCAGAAGAUGGAUCAGGGCCGUAUCAUCAGGAACACAAGCAUGUGAGUGACAGGAACAAGGAACUCUGUUAUAUUAUUGUAUAAAACCCUAUCAGACCCUGUCAUAGGGUUUUAUACAAUCUCAUAUGUUUAAAAUAUGGUAUUAUUAUAGGGAAAGUGAACAGAGUGGGAGAAAGGAUACCAACGAGUGGUCCUGGAGGAUUCAAUCUAAAGUUGUCACGGAACCAUUGUUUAUGAUCAGUUAUUAACAGCUAUGUUGUGCAAUAAUAAUGCGCUUAUAAAGCUUCAUGAAGACGGUAUUACUAGAAAAUAUUUCCAAACAUUCUUAGUAAUGUAAUGUUUAUGUGCAUCCGUGUCUUUGCCAUUACUUGUUCUAUAGGAUGAGGGACGCUGCUAGGAAGAUGGAGGAGAAGCAUUUCUCAGAUCGUUCCACAGAGCAUGUGGAGUUCCUUCCUGUGGAGUGGAGGUCUAAACUGUGCCUGGAUGGUGGUAUGUAUGGCCAGUUUGGCCACACCUACUUUGUAACCUAUUGAAGACCUGAGUGGUGGAAAACGUUGUUGCCAAUAAACCACAUGGUAGCAUAGAUUGCAGGGUGCAGAGUCUGUUUUUAUCGUUUGCUCCGGCACGUGCUCAAAGACAAUGGAUAUGUGGAAUUAUCUUUUUCUUGUCUUGUCUCUCUUGCAAUGAGACAAACCUGUAUACAUAAAAGUUAUAAAAUAAAAUAUCACUUUAAGUAGUAACAUCAGCUAUUAGUGUGUAUAGAUCAUUUUGCUUGUAGACCCACUGUUUGAUGUACCGGAGGGACUGAAAUGUCUUUGUAGGUGACUUGGUGUGUGUGUGAUUGUGUGAUGGUUGCAGACACUGUUGACUCCAUCACUCCAGACAAAGUUCGAGGACUCAGGGACAUGCUCAACAGCAGUGCAAUGGACAUCAUGUACUACACCAGCCCUCUGUACAGAGACGAGGUGAGAUUCUCUUUUAUCUCUGUCCCUGUCUCUCUCUCUCUCUCUCUCUCUCUCUCUCUCUCUCUCUAUACCUCUCUCUCACUCCUCUCUCUCCUCUCUCUCUCUCUCUCUCUCUCUCUCUCUCUCUCUCUCUCUCUCUCUCUCUCUCUCUAUAUAUAUAUAUAUAUAUAUAUACCUCUCUCUCCUCUCUGUCUCUCUCUCUCUCUCUCUCUCUCUCUCUCUCUCUCUCUCUCUCUCUCUCUCUCUCUCUCUCUCUCUCUCUCUCCUCUCUCUCUCUCUCACAUGUGCAGUCUGUAAGAUUUCUAAUGGUAAAUUAAUGACACCACCCAUUCAUUAAUAUUCAAAAUAAAUUAAGUCCUAUGAGCCGUCCUCCCCAUUUAAUGUAUGUUGGUUGUAGAGUAGACAACUAUAGGGGCCCACUGGUCACUGUGAGUCAAAUAAACAUACAGUAGGAUGAUACUGUCCACUUUCACAUUCAAUUUGUCUAAACACACAUACACAGACACACUUGUCUGCAUGUUCCAUGCGUAUUUUACCACAUACACACUCAAUCUCAAACUCUAAUAUCUACCAAUUUGCAGUUGCAGCCUAAUACACAAAUGUAAUUCAUCAUGCUUUGUGUGUCUGUAGAUCACUAGGGGUCUAACUCAGGAGCUGAAUCGUCUAUACACACUCUUCUGCAUGCGGAACCCUGAGUUUGAGGAGAGUGGCAGGGUGUCCAUCGUGUCCCACUCCCUGGGUUGUGUCAUAACCUUCGACAUCAUGACAGGCUGGGACCCCGUACGCUUCCAUCAUGAAGAACGAUCGCCGGACCCAAAAGAGAUGCAAGAGUGCUGGCCAAGCUAUCAGGAGCGUCAACUACAAGAGGAGCUGAGACUCACACGACUCAGGUAGGUAGACACUCAAUAGCCAGGGUCAUGCUCUACCUGUGCAGAGCACAUGCCCCUUUGCCCUUCCAGUUUCCCAAGUGCCCUUUUGGGUGGUGGUAUAAUUUCCCCCCCAAAAAUAUUAUUUUGUUUUGUCAUUGUUGUUUGAAACCCACUGCCCGCAAGUCGCCAUCAAGUUCGCUACCCCCACCCUGUCCGUUGGUUGCGCCUGUUGAGCUGCCCUGUACGGAGCUUGUGCUCUCCCGAUAUCCAAACAUGCAUGGCUUGAGAAAUGCGGUCACAGGUCGUGUUUCUAGCUAGCUACCUAGUUUAAAUAUCAACAGUACUGCCAACAGUAUCCCCCCACCCCAGGCUUGACUCAUUCCGGGUCAAACGGGAUGCCGGGCGUGCUUUGGCAGUACUCGCUGGUCCUGAUAGGACCCAGGCCACACCCCCUCCUCUCUAUAGAGCCCCACAGUGGAGGUGUCAUAAUACCAAUAAAACCUAGCGGUCAAACAGAAAUGGUUCCAAUCGUUUUUCCACCAUUAAUUUUUCCCAUAGGGGAUUUUAGAAACACUUAAAAUAAGGGCUGUGUUUCGUGUAGGCUUACCCUGGCGUGAUGUUUUGAUAACCAUGUACAUUUAUCUCGGACAAGGUGACUUUUAUCAAUAUAUUCGGCUCUAUUUACUCUCAGAUUCGAAAAUGCUAAUUAGCAUCAAAGUAGACAUCAUGCAAGACUACAAAUCACUGCAAGCUCCUGCACGUCAUCUCUAGCAGGCACCUUUGCUGAAAGGUAAAUGUAAAGAAAUGUAGCCAAUUUAUUCUUGACUACAUGUAGGUAACAUUAAAUAGUUAAUGCAGAGAUUCUUACCUUUGCCUCGAUUCGUCAGUCUUGUCCAGAUCAUCAUAGCAUUUGUAGUUCUUUAUGAUAGCCACAUUAGCAGCUAAUUAGCAUUUCAUUUGUUGGAGGUAAAUACAGGCGAAUAUAUUGAUAAACGUCACCUUGUCCGAGAGAUUUAAUGGGUUAUCAAAACGUCACAUCAGGGUUAGCCUACACGAAACACUGCCCUUAUUUUAAGUUCUAAAAUCCCCUAUGGGAAAAAUGUAUGGUGGAAAAAACGAUUGUAACCAUUUCCCUGUUUGACCGCUAGGUUUUAAAAUAAAUAAACUUUAAAUAGUUUUUAAAAACUGUGCUGCCACAGCAUUUGAUUAACACUUGAUUUAGCCUACAUUAUCAUCAAUAUUGGGUCUGAUUGGAUGAUACCCACAGCAGAGAGAGGGAGAAAGACAUAUAGAGGUAAAUCAUUUACAUUUUAGUCAUUUAGCAGACGCUCUUAUCCAGAUCGACUUACAGUUAGUGAGUGCAUACAUUUUCAUACUGGCCCCCCGUGGGAAAUGAACCCACAACCCUGGCGUUGCAAGCACCGUGCUCUACCAACUGAGCUACAGGGGACCACAAUCACAAUCACAAUCAGUAAAAGAAAUUGAGCUAGCUAACUUGUAGAUUUACAUCAAUCAUCAACAUCAAUGCUCAGCUGAUAGCACACCCUUUUUUCCAGAUGUCAGUCAUGUCUUUAGGAGGCACUGUAACUAGCUUGUUUACCAUUUGUGAUGAUGAGUGAGUGUGUUGUUGCAGAAAUAAAUAGGCCUAUGCCGAGAUACACUAUAUACAAAAGUAUGUGGACAGCCAUUCAAAUUAGUGGAUUCGGCUAUUUCAGCCACACCCGUUGUUGACAGGUGUAUAAAAUCGAGCACACAGCCAUGCAAUCUCCAUAGACAAACAUUGGCAGUAGAAUGGCCUUACUGGAGAGUUCAGUGACUUUCAACGUGGCACCGUCAUAGGAUGCCACCUUUCCCACAAGUCAUUUCGUCAAAUUUCUGCCCUGCUAGUGCUGUUAUUGUGAAGUGGAAACGUCUAGGAGCAACAACGGCUCAGCCGCGAAGUGGUAGGCCACAGAAGCUCACAGAACGGGACCGCCGAGUGCUGAAGCGCGUAGCCUGUAAAAAUCCCUUGUCCUCGGUUGCAGCACUCACUACCGAGUUCCAAAUUGCCUCUGGAAGCAACGUCAGCACAUUAACUGUUCGUCGGGAGCUUCAUGAAAUGGGUUUACAUAGCCGAGCAGCCCCACACAAGCCUAAGAUCACCAUGCGCAAUGCCAAGCGUCGGCUGGAGUGGUGUAAAGAUCGCAGCCAUUGGACUCUGGAGCAGUGGAAACGCGUUCUCUGGAGUGAUGAAUCACGCUUCACCAUCUGGCAGUCCGACGGACGAAUCUGGGUUUGGCAAAUGCCAUGGGAACGCUACCUGCCUGAAUGCAUAGUACCAACUGUAAAGUUUGGUGGAAUAAUGGUCUGGGGCUGUUUUUCAUGGUUCGGGCUAAGCCCCUUAGUUCCAGUGAAGGGAAAUCUUAACGCUACAGCAUAAAAUGACGUUCUAGACGUUUCUGUGCUUCCAACUUUGUGGCAACAGUUUGGGGGAAGGCCCUUUCUUGUUUCAGCAUGACAAUAUCCCUGUGCACAAAGCGAGGUCCAUAGAAGAAUGGUUUGUCAACCCCAUCGAACACCUUUGGGAUUAAUUGGAAUGCCGACUGCGAGCCAGGCCUAAUCCCCCAACAUCAGUGCCAGACCUCACUAAUGCUCUUGAGGCGGAAUGGAAGCAAGUCCACGCAGCAAUGUUCCAACAUAUAGUGGAAAGCCUUCCCAGAAGAGUGGAGGCUGUGAUAGCAGCAAAGCGGGGACCAACUCCAUAUUAAUGCCCAUGAUUUAUUAUGCUACGGUGUGCACUAUUGAAUACGACCCAGAUCCCACUGUCAUUUGUCCCCAGUGUUGAAUGUUUAUGUUUCAUUUACAGUUGUGUGAUAAUAUUGGUGUUGCAUUCAUGUCUAAAGGUUACGGGAUUUGGAAAAUCAGUUUGCUGGUUUGCAAUCCCCAUCAUCUGAAGGUUCUUCUUCAGCCUUGAAAUUUAAGGUGACGUUGACAAAUUCCAUAUUCCAUUCCUUCUAAUUGUUAUGACAGACAGAUUGAGCCAUGGAUUUAACAGCGGUUCCGCUCUGACGUUCUCUGUGCCUUUUAUUUUGUUCUAGGUGGAGAACUUCUUUUGCAUGGGUUCUCCGCUGGCCGUGUUCUUGGCGUUGCGAGGGAUCCGACCGGGGAACAAUGUGACCCAGGAUCACAUCUUACCCAAAUCCAUCUGCCAACGUCUCUUCAAUGUUUUUCAUCCUACCGACCCUGUGGUGAGCCAACCAACUGAAACCAGACAGUAGAGUCAUUCAGUCAUGCAGUCAUUCACUGAUGGCAUACUGUAGUAGAUCCGUAAAAGAUUGGAAAGGAAUUGGGCUUGGGAAGGGCUUUGGUAGGGGUGGACAGAUACCUGCUGUUUCCGUUUCCGCUUCCAGAAUAAAAUAAAGUGGCUAGCUAGCUAGUGCACGUAAGAUUUGUUUUUUUGGUUCCGGUUCCGAGAUUGCUGAUGGCAUGAUGGAUGUGCUUAAUGAUGCCUAUGGCUGUAUUUUCAGGCGUACCGAUUGGAGCCCCUGAUCUUAAAGAACUAUAGUAACAUUUCACCUGUCCAAAUACACUGGUGAGUAGUGGAUUUAGUAUAUAUUUUUGAAUAGAAUAGAUCACAGUCAGAACACACACACACACACACAUAUAUUGGGAGCAGCACAGAAUCGGUGGCAGAGCAGCACCCUUGGAGCAGUUUUGUACGAAUCAGUGUUUGUGAAUGUCAUGUAUUGUAUUGUGACCGGGAUCUACAGGUAUAACACAAGUAGCCCGACUCCGUACGACCAGAUCCGUCCCACGCUUCUCAACCCUGCACUGAAGGAAACUGCAUCUGUCUCGGACACGGAGAGCCUCCCUAGCCCCUGUACCUCCCCUCCUCAGGCCCGAAGACACUACGGAGAGUCCAUUACAAACCUGGGGAAAGCCAGCAUUAUGGGUGAGAGAGGGAGUGAGAGAUGGGGGAGGGAGGGAGGAAGGGAGAGACAUAGGGUCUUUCAGUGAUGGAUUCUUAAUUUUUAUCAUCUUGCUUUUUAGACUUUGCUCUUUGUUUAUCUUGUUGGUGUUUUUUACUUUGGUCUUUCCUGAAAUUGGCUUAUUUUGUUAUUUCAUAGUAGAGGGAGUGGGCUGUUAGGCUUUAGUCAAGGACAGACCCACCCAUUAAUAUAUACAGUUGAAGUCGGAAGUUUACAUACACUUAGGUUGGAGUCAUUCAAUCUCGUUUUUCAACCACUUCACACAUUUCUUGUUAACAAACUAUAGUUUUGGCAAGUCGGUUAGGACAUCUACUUUGUGCAUGACACAAGUCAUUUUUCCAACAAUUCUUUACAGACAGAUUAUUUAACUUAUAAUUCACUGUAUCACAAUUCCAGUGGGUCAGAAGUUUACAUACACUAAAUUGACUGUGCCUUUAAACAGCUUGGAAAAUUCCAGAAAAUGAUGUAAUGGCUUUAUAAGCUUCUGAUAGGCUAAUUGACAUAAUUUGAGUCAAUUGGAGGUGUACCUGUGGAUGUAUUUCAAGGCCUACCUUCAAACUCAGUGCUUCUUUGCUUGACAUCAUGGGAAAAUCAAAAGCAAUCAGCCAAGACCUCAGAAAGAAAUGUGUAGACCUCCACAAGUCUGGUUCAUCCUUUGGAGCAAUUUCCAAACGCCUGAAGGUACCACGUUCAUCUGUACAAACAAUAGUAUGCAAGUAUAAACACCAUUGGACCAUGCAGCCGUCAUACCGCUCAGGAAGGAGACGCGUUCUGUCUCCUAGAGAUGAACGUACUUUGGUGCGAAUCAAUCCAAGAACAACAGCAAAGGACCAUGCGAAGAUGCUGGAGGAAUCAGGUACAAAAGUAUCUAUAUCCACAGUAAAACAAGUCAUAUAUCGACAUAACCUGAAAGGCCGCUCAGCAAGGAAGAAGCCAAUGCUCUAAAACCGCCAUAAAAAAGCCAGACUACGGUUUGCAACUGCACAUGGGGACAAAGAUCGUACUUUUUGGAGAAAUGUCCUCUGGUCUGAUGAAACAAAAAUAUAACUGUUUGGCCAUAAUGACCAUCGUUAUGUUUGGAGGAAAGAGGGGGACGCUUGCAAGCCGAAGAACACCAUCCCAACCGUGAAGCACGGGGGUGUCAGCAUUAUGCUGUGGGGGUGCUUUGCUGCAGGAGGGACUGGUGCACUUCACAAAAUAGAUGGCAUCAUGAGGAAGGAAAAUUAUGUGGAUAUAUUGAAGCAACAUCUCAAGACAUCAGUCAGGAAGUUAAAGCUUGGUCGCAAAUGGGUCUUCCAAAUGGACAAUGACCCCAAGCAUACUUCCAAAGUUGUGGCAAAAUGGCUUAAGGACAACAAAGUUAAGGUAUUGAAGUGGCCAUCACAAAGCCCUGACCUCAAUCCUAUAGAAUAUUUGUGGGCAGAACUGAAAAAGCGUGUGCAAGCAAGGAGGCCUGCAAACCUGACUCAGUUACACCAGCUCUGUCAGGAGGAAUGGGCCAAAAGUCACACAACUUACUGUGGGAAGCUUGUGGAAGGCUACCCGAAACGUUUCACCCAAGUUAAACAAUUUUAAAGCAAUCCUACCAAAUAAUAAUUGAGUGUAUGUAAACUUCUGACUCACUGGGAAUGUGAUGAAAGAAAUAAAAGCUGAAAUAAAUCAUUCUCUCUACCAUUAUCCUGACAUUUCACAUUCUUAAAAUAAAGUGGUGAUCCUAACUGACCUAAGACAGGGAAUUUUUACUAGGAUUAAAUGUCAGGAAUUGUGAAAAACUGAGUUUAAAUGUAUUUGGCUAAGGUGUAUGUAAACUUCCGACUUCAACUGUAUAUAUAUAUACAGUACCAGUCAAAAGUUUGGACACACCUGCUCAUUGGAGGGUUUUUCUUUAUUUUUACUAUUUUCUACACUGUAGAAUAAUAGUGAAGACAUCAAAACUAUGAAAUAACACAUAUGGGAUCAUGUAGUAACCAAAAAAGUGUUAAACAAAUCAAAAUAUAUUUUAUUUUUGAGAUUCUUCAAAGUAGCCACCCCUUGCCUUGAUGACAGCUUUGCACACUCAUGGCAUUAUCUCAACCAGCUUCAUGAGGUAGUCACUUGGAAUACAUUUCAAUUAACAGGUGUGCCUUGUUAAACGUUAAUUUGUGGAAUUUCUUUCCUUAAUGCAUUUGAGCCAAUCAGUUGUGUUGUGACAAGGUAGGGGUGGUAUACAGAAGAUAGCCCUAUUUGGUAAAAGACCAAGUCCAUAUUAUGGCAAGAACAGCUCAAAUAAGCAAAGAGAAACAACUGUCCAUCAUUACUUUAAGACAUGAAGGUCAGUCAAUCUGGAAAUUUUCAAGAACUUUGAAAGUUUCUUCAAGUGCAGUCGCAAAAACCAUCAAGCACUAUGAUGAAACUGGCUCUCAUGAGGACUGCCACAGGAAAGGAAAACCCAGAGUUACCUCUGCUGCAGAGGAUAGGUUCAUUAGAGUUACCUGCCUCAGAAAUUGCAGCCCAAAUAAAUGCUUCACAGAGUUCAAGUAACAGACACAUCUCAACAUGAACUGUUCAGAGGAGACUGCGCGAAUCAGGCCUUCAUGGUUGAAUUGCUGCAAAGAAACCACUACUAAAGGACACCAAUAAGAAGAAGAGACUUGUUUGGGCCAAGAAACACGAGCAAUGGACAUUAGACCGGUGGAAAUCUGUCCUUUGGUCUGAUGAGUCCAAAUUUGAGAUUUUUGGUUCCAACCGCUGUGUCUUUGUGAGACGCAGAGUAAGUGAACGGAUGAUCGCCGCAUGUGUGGUUCCCACCAUGAAGCAUGGAGGAGGAGGUGUGAUGGUGUGGGAGUGCUUUGCGGGUGACACUGUCUGUGAUUUAUUUAGAAUUCAAGGCACACUUAACCAGCAUGGCUACCACAGCAUUCUGCAGCGAUACGCCAUCCCAUCUGGUUUGGGCUUAGUGGGACUAUCAUUUGUUUUUCAACAGGAUAAUGACCCAACACACCUCCAGGCUGUGUAAGGGCUGUUUGACCACGAAGGAGAGUGAUGGAUUGCUGCAUUAGAUGACCUGAUUUCCACAAUCCCCCAAACGCAACCCAAUUGAGAUGGUUUGGGACGAGUCGGACGGCAGAGUGAAGGAAAAGCAGCCAACAUGUGCUCAGCAUGUGGGAACUCCUUCAAGACUGUUGGAAAAGCAUUCCAGGUGAAGCUGGUUGAGAUAAUGCCAAGAGUGUGCAAAGCUGUCAUCAAGGCAAAGGGUGGCUAUUUAAAGGAUCUGAAAUAUAAAAUACACUGCUCAAAAAAAUAAAGGGAACACUUAAACAACACAAUGUAACUCCAAGUCAAUCACACUUCUGUGAAAUCAAAUUGUCCACUUAGGAAGCAACACUGAUUGACAAUAAAUGUCACAUGCUGUUGUGCAAAUGGAAUAGACAACAGGUGGAAAUUAUAGGCAAUUAGCAAGACACCCCCAAUAAAGGAGUGGUUCUGCAGGUGGUGACCACAGACCACUUCUCAGUUCCUAUGCUUCCUGGCUGAUGUUUUGGUCACUUUUGAAUGCUGGCGGUGCUUUCACUCUAGUGGUAGCAUGAGACGGAGUCUACAACCCACACAAGUGGCUCAGGUAGUGCAGCUCAUCCAGGAUGGCACAUCAAUGCGAGCUGUGGCAAGAAGGUUUGCUGUGUCUGUCAGUGUAGUGUCCAGAGCAUGGAGGCGCUACCAGGAGACAGGCCAGUACAUCAGGAGACGUGGAGGAGGCCGUAGGAGGGCAACAACCCAGCAGCAGGACCGCUACCUCCGCCUUUGUGCAAGGAGGAGCAGGAGGAGCACUGCCAGAGCCCUGCAAAAUGACCUUCAGCAGGCCACAAAUGUGCAUGUGUCUGCUCAAACGGUCAGAAACAGACUCCAUGAGGGUGGUAUGAGGGCCCGACGUCCACAGGUGGGGGUUGUGCUUACAGCCCAACAACGUGCAGGACGUUUGGCAUUUGCCAGAGAACACCAAGAUUGGCAAAUUCGCCACUGGCGCCCUGUGCGCUUCACAGAUGAAAGCAGGUUCACACUGAGCACAUGUGACAGACGUGACAGAGUCUGGAGACGCCGUGGAGAAUGUUCUGCUGCCUGCAACAUCCUCCAGCAUGACCGGUUUGGCGGUGGGUCAGUCAUGGUGUGGGGUGGCAUUUCUUUGGGGGGCCGCACAGCCCUCCAUGUGCUCGCCAGAGGUAGCCUGACUGCCAUUAGGUCCCGAGAUGAGAUCCUCAGACCCCUUGUGAGACCAUAUGCUGGUGCGGUUGGCCCUGGUUUCCUCCUAAUGCAAGACAAUGCUAGACCUCAUUUGGCUGGAGUGUGUCAGCAGUUCCUGCAAGAGGAAGGCAUUGAUGCUAUGGACUGGCCUGCCCGUUCCCCAGACCUGAAUCCAAUUGAGCACAUCUGGGACAUCAUGUCUCGCUCCAUCCACCAACGCCACGUUGCACCACAGACUGUCCAGGAGUUGGCGGAUGCUUUAGUCCAGGUCUGGGAGGAGAUCCCUCAGGAGACCAUCUGCCACCUCAUCAGGAGCAUGCCCAGGCGUUGUAGGGAGGUCAUACAGGCACGUGGAAGCCACACACACUACUGAGCCUCAUUUUGACUUGUUUUAAGGACAUUACAUCAAAGUUGGAUCAGCCUGUAGUGUGGUUUUCCACUUUAAUUUUGAGUGUGACUCCAAAUCCAGACCUCCAUGGGUUGAUAAAUUUGAUUUCCAUUGAUAAUUUGUGUGUGAUUUUGUUGUCAGCACAUUCAACUAUGUAAAGAAAAAAGUAUUUAAUAAGAGUAUUUCAUUCAUUCAGAUCUAGGAUGUGUUAUUUUAGUGUUCCCUUAAUUUUUUUGAGCAGUGUAGAAAUUUGUUUAACACUUUUUGGGUUACUACUUGACUCCAUAUGUGCUAUUUCAUAGUUUUGAUGUCUUCACUAUUAUUCUACAAUGUAAACAAAAUUAAAAAUAAAGAAACACCCUUGAAUGAGUAGGUGUGUCCAAACGUUUGACUGGCACUGUAUGUGUAACUAUUCUUUAAUUCUGUGGAAAGACCUAAUUUGAGCUGUCUGAAACAGAAGUAGCUUGCAUAGCUGAUAUAGCAGCAAGCCAAGCACAUAAUCACUUUCCAGAAAACCCAACCUCAACAAAUCAAUGGAGAGCCAUUAAGUCUUGUCACAGGGAUUGACACUAUAGGACCUCUGAAUAAAGGAUUUCCUUCAUUCAUGAUUAGAAAUUAUUAUUACAGAACACUUUGCAGUAUAGGACCAAGUCUAAGGCAUUGAUUAUUUAAAUCAAUGGGGGUGAUAUGUACAGUAUAAAUGUUCACUUGUUUUCCUGCCUGUAUCUGUGAGAAGUUAUUAGACUUAAAUGUGUUGUCCUGGCCUCUGCCAUGCGAUCGGGAGAGUGUGUGUGUGUGUGUGUGUGUGCUUGUCUGUCUUUGAGUUUCGCGGUGUUCUCUUUCUCGGCAGGCGCGGCAAGUCUCGGCAAAGGCAUCGGCGGGAUCUUCUUCUCCCGCUUCUCACGCUCAAGUGGUCAUGUGGGCGGCGUGGAGGAGGAGCCUUCCGACUCGGAGGGUGGGGUCUCGGAGGUGGAUAAUGCCAUAUCGGGAGAGGAGGGCGUGGCUGCGGAGUUAGAGGAGAAGUUACAGGUAGUCGAGGAGACGAGGGAAAUAGAGCACUCCAUGUCUCGUUCCACCUCGGCUAUCCUGGACAACACCACAUGUACGUAUCCCUAUACCGGACCUAUUUAACCAGGCACCUACCUUAGUGCUCCCCACAGACCUGGAUCAAAUAUGUAUUGCAAAUAUUUGAUACUGAAUACUUGAGGUGUGCUUGAUUUAGCUUGUCAGGCACAAUCAAUCAAUCAGUCAAUCAGUCAAAUGUACAGUGAGGGAAAAAAGUAUUUGAUCCCCUGCUGAUUUUGUACGUUUGCCCACUGACAAAGAAAUGAUCAGUCUAUAAUUUUAAUGGUAGGUUUAUUUGAACAGUGAGAGACAGAAUAACAACAACAAAAAUCCAGAAACACCCAUGUCAAAAAUGUUAUAAAUUGAUUUGCAUUUUAAUGAGGGAAAUAAGUAUUUGACCCCCUCUCAAUCAGAAGGAUUUCUGGCUCCCAGGUGUCUUUUAUACAGGUAACGGGCUGAGAUUAGGAGCACACUCUUAAAGGGAGUGCUCCUAAUCUCAGCUUGUUACCUGUAUAAAAGACACCUGUCCACAGAAGCAAUCAAUCAAUCAGAUUCAAAACUCUCCACCAUGGCCAAGACCAAAGAGUUCUCCAAGGAUGUCAGGGAGAAGAUUGUAGACCUACACAAGGCUGGAAUGGGCUACAAGACCAUCGCCAAGCAGCUUGGUGAGAAGGUGACAACAGUUGGUGCGAUUAUUCGCAAAUGGAAGAAACACAAAAGAACUGUCAAUCUCCCUCGGCCUGGGGCUCCAUGCAAGAUCUCACCUCGUGGAGUUGCAAUGAUCAUGAGAACGGUGAGGAAUCAGCCGGGACCAUAGUCACCAAGAAAACAAUUGGUAACACACUACGCCGUGAAGGACUGAAAUCCUGCUGCGCCCGCAAUGUCCCCCUGCUCAAGAAAGCACAUAUACAUGCCCGUCUGAAGUUUGCCAAUGAACAUCUGAAUGAUUCAGAGGAGAACUGGUCUCCAGACCUUAAUCCCAUAGAGAAUCUGUGGAGUGGGACAAAAUCCCCUCCUGAGAUGUGUGCAAACAUGAUGGCCAACUACAAGAAAAGUCUGACUUCUGUGAUUGCCAACAAGGGUUUUGCCACCAAGUACUAAGUCAUUUGCAGAGGGGUCAAAUACUUAUUUCCCUCAAAUCAAUUUAUAACAUUUUUGACAUGCGUUUUUCUGGAUUUUGUUGUUGUUAUUCUAUCUCUAACUGUUCAAAAAAACCUACCAUUAAAAUAAUAGACUGAUCAUUUCUUUGUCAGUGGGCAAACAUACAAAAUCAGCAGGGGAUCAAAUACUUUUCCCCCUCACUGUAUCUGUAAAGCCCUUUUUACAUCAGCAGUUGUCACAAGGUGCUUUUACAGUAAAACGUUUUCUUUGGCUGUCCCCAUAGGAGAACCCUUUUUGGUUCCACGUAGAACCCUCUGUGGAAAGGGUUCUACCUGGAACCAAAAGAGGUUCUUCAAAGGGUUAUCCUAUGGGGACAGCCAAAGAACCCUUUUUGGUUCUAGAUAGCACCUUUUUUUCUGAGUGUAUAACCAAACCGGUGUCAUAACCAAAAGUGCAAACUCAUGUUAGGCAGGCUAAAUCAAGCGCAUCGUAAUUAUUUUAAAGUAUUUGAACAAGGUAUUGGACCCAGGUCUACUCCCUCAUAUUGUUAUCGGAAACCAGCAGUGAACUUUACUAUGCACAAUGUCCUUUUGACAGAGGUUUCCCUAUUGCAUUUUCUAACUGUUUUGGCUAGUAUUUCAAGUGUGUGUGCGUGUUUGUGUGUUUGUGUGUGUGUUUGUUGUGGAACUCUUUGUCUUUCUGUGUGUUACAGUGGAGUUGGAGAGGCGUAUUGACUUUGAGCUGCGAGAGGGCAUGGUGGAGAGCCGCUAUUGGUCGGCGGUGACCUCUCACACUGCCUAUUGGUGUUCACACGACGUGGCACUAUUUCUUCUCACUUUCAUGUAUAGACAGGAGUAUCCCACUCAGCUCUCUGAGGAUAACCCAGAGUUAUCGUAACCCACAGCCAACACACACACACGCAAACACACACACUUGAUCUUGCAACCAGACCGAGGAGACAUAACUGUGUAUCAGAGACCACUCCACAGCCUGUGGUCAGCCUGUGGUCAUCUCGUCAGAGACCUUUCCCUUUACUCUAUGGUUCUAAUAGUGACUGUUCCUCUAAUGGUCCCAAUGCUGUCAAUUCAUCCACCAUGUGGGUUUAUUGAAUACUGUCUCCCCUCCAAAGCACCCACCAACCCCAAUUAAGACUGUUCCUCUUUCCUGUGACUGUAAACGAUGACUGUGUCUCUAGGACUGUGUUGGUGUCGGACACAGCUUUGACUCGGUCUGUGGGACUCCUGAGACUGUAGCCACGGCUCAAGCCUAACCUCUCUCAACUCUGAGCAUCAACACUCAUUCAGAUGUUUAGCCUGUUGAGAGAGUUACAUUCAAAUCCAUCCCUUCAUGGUCUGAAUGCCUCAGAGAAGAACAUUGAAACCCAUUCAAUUUCAUCGUUUGAUUUCAACCCGUCAGGUCAAUCAAAGUGGAUUGUUAUGGAAGGGUUGAAGUAGCCAGACGGAACGCUGCACUCACCAUUGUUUUAUCUGUUCAGUCUGGUUUAACCAGGCUAGGGUUAAAGCCCCUUUAAUGAUGACGGCAUCGGACUGGAGCAUACUUAUAAAAUGCAGCCCUAUAUACUAACUGUACUGCUACGAUGAUGUGGGGAGUCGCCAAAUUGUUAUAUGUCAUGUUCCCAUGUUUACACUAACUGACUAACUGCAAGACUAACUGAAAGAUACUAAUGUUGGAUACACAACUUUAGCAAAGUUGCCAAAUAAUUAUAUAAUAUAAUAUGCCAUUUAGCAGACGCUUUUAUCCAAAGCGACUUACAGUCAUGUGUGCAUACAUUUUUACGUAUGGGUGGUCCUGGGGAUCAAACCCACUACCCUGGCGUUACAAGCGCCAUGCUCUACCAAUUGAGCUACAGAGGACCACAAGCAUUUUUGUUUAGCUCUCUCCUAUAACUUAGUGGCAGGUUCCAUUGGAUCCAUUGGAAGGCCACAGAAUUGCUUUGUUCUACUGUGAAUUGUCUUGAUUGAAAACAGCACUCCAUUUGUACUACUAACAGUGACAUGUUGUACAUAUACGGUAGCUUUACAUAUUUCUGCACUUUCUAGUCAGGCAACAAACAGAGAUACAACAUAUCAGUAAAACAAGAGGAACACACACAUGAAGGACCCAAAAUGUUUCAUGUGCAUCCACGGAACUAAACAGAGUUGCAGUGGAGCGGUCUGCAGAGUACACUGCCCUUAUUUUUCUAACACUUUAUUUAAAUCAAGAACUAUUCGGGUCAAAAUUAAAACGAAGCAUGAUAUGCAGUAUGUACAUAGACAGGGAUGAAGAAGCUCUGCUUAAGAUUGUCUUGCUAGAAGUGAGGGAUUGUAGCAUGCAGGCUCAUUGAAAGCCAAUUGGAGGGUUCCUCCAUGAUGAUGAUUAUUUAUUUAUUUAUUAAUUACACUAACACCGAAUGACAUCACUCAUAUUGGAUCUCUCUGCCAUAAUCAAGGAUCAAGCUUACCAUCAGGAAGUUUUUUUUAAUAUGAUUUGUGUAAACACAGUAUGUGUUAGAGAAUGACUUUUUACUUUCUUGUGAAUGUUUGCUGUUUAAGUUCUCCUCUGAUGUGUUUGAGUGCAUCCCUUGUUAAGUCAUACUGUCAGAUUCCUAGGUAUGCUACUGUGUCAUCCCAAUGCAUCUUCUCUUACAAAUGCCUGAUUCACACUAUAUGGCCGAGCCGAACUGUACUGUGCUGGCACAGAUAUUUUCUUUUCACUUUGUCCUUUCUAGCAUGGUUCCAGCGACUAUAGUGGAGGAGUAACCAGGCCAGUCCAAUACAGCUCAGCUUAAUUCAGUUUGGCUCAGUCAUGAGUAUUGAGAGACAACUUGUUUGUGCUUCUCUCCUUGGUUCUGCAUAUCGUUGUGUACAUGUCACACUGUCACUGUUACACUCAAACAUAGCAAGCUGAUACCUCCUUCUUUCUUAUGAUACAACUUACCCAUUCAUGUGCCAUAAUGUGCAACUGACAUAGAUGUCUUCUCUUAAUUGUGCAUAGAGUUGUCAUUCUAGGCAAAAUGAAGUACUGUACCCUAAGGGCAUGGAAUUGUGAUAGAUUGUGUUGUGGGUAGUCCAUCCUUCAACUGUACCUCCCUUUGCCUUGCACCAGAGGACACUCUUUUUCUGUCAUGUCUCCGCUCACUGUCCAAUCUUCUGUGUCAUGCUCAUUGCUCACUCUUUUUAACCUGUGUUUUGUUCAAAUUAAUGACGUAAUGCUUAACCUUGGUAAACCUUUUGUUUUACAUUAAAAUGGAUCUCUACAGCUGUCUGUCUGUGGUCUCAGUUCAUUCAACUUUACUCAUGAUCAUUCCACCAAUUAGGUGCCUUUUGAGUAGUGUUACUUCACCUAAUUUUAACGUUCUGUCAAAAAGAGCACAUGUUCCACUUAAUGAAAAACAGAUGGCUUUCAAAUCUCCAGAGGUUAAAUACAAAAAUACUAUAGUAAGUGCCAAAUAAAGUGAUAGGGUUGACCGUAACAGUGUUGACGAUUUCAUCUUAAGUCAGCCAUAAAUCCCCUUGUGACAGGGGGAAUGGAAGCCUGUUGUGUGCAACAGGAAGGGGCAAUUGAAUGCAAGCUCCCAAAAAAUGUUUUCUUUAGAAAGAAAUUCUAGCCUGUCUAUCUAUAGGUAACAGGGUUGACAUGUUAUUUACAUUUACAUGUACAUUUACAUUUACGUCAUUUAGCAGACACUCUUAUCCAGAGCGACUUACAAAUUGGUGCAUUCACCUUAUGGCCAGUGGGAUAACCACUUUACAAUAUGUAUUUUUAUUUUUUAUUUCUUUGGGGUGGGGUAAGGGGGGGGUAGAAGGAUUACUUUAUCCUAUCCCAGGUAUUCCUUAAAGAGGUGGGAUUUCAAGUGUCUCCGGAAGGUGGUGAGUGACUCCGCUGUCCUGGCGUUGUGAGGGAGCUUGUUCCACCAUUGGGGUGCCAGAGCAGCGAACAGUUUUGACUGGGCUGAGCGGGAACUGUGCUUCCGCAGAGGUAGGGGGGCCAGCAGGCCAGAGGUGGAUGAACGCAAUGCCUUCGUUUGGGUGUAGGGACUGAUCAGAGCCUGAAGGUACAGAGGUGCCGUUCCCCUCACAGCUCCAUUCCCCUCACAGCUCCGUAGGCAAGCACCAUGGUCUUGUAGCAGAUGCGAGCUUCAACUGGAAGCCAGUGGAGUGUGCGGAGGAGCGGGGUGAAGUGAGAGAACUUGGGAAGGUUGAACACCAGACGGGCUGCGGCAUUCUGGAUGAGUUGUAGGGGUUUAAUGGCACAGGCAGGGAGCCCAGCCAACAGCGAGUUGCAGUAAUCCAGAUGGGAGAUGACAAGUGCCUGGAUUAGGACCUGUGCCACUUCCUGUGUAAGGCAGAAUGUUGUAGAGCAUGAACCUACAGGAUCGGGUCACCGCCUUGAUGUUAGCGGAGAACGACAGGGUGUUCAACAGUUGUCAACCGUGAUGGCGAGAUCAUGGAACGGGCAGUCCUUCCCCGGGAGGAAGAGCAGCUCUGUCUUGCCGAGGUACAGCUUGAGGUGGUGAUCCGUCAUCCACACUGAUAUGUCUGCCAGAUAUGCAGAGAUGCGAUUCGCCACCUGGUUAUCAGAAGGGGGAAAGGAGAAGAUUAGUUGUGUGUCGUCUGCGUAGCAAUGAUAGGAGAGGCCAUGUGAGGAUAUGACAGAGCCAAGUGACUUGGUGUAUAGCGAGAAUAGGAGAGGGCCUAGAACUGAGUCCUGGGGGACACCAGUGGUGAGAGCACGUGGUGCGGAGACAGAUUCUUGUCACGCCACUUGGUAGGAGCGACCGGUCAGGUAGGACGCAAUCUAAGAGUGAGCCGCGCCGGAGAUGCCCAACUCGGAGAGGGUGGAGAGGAGGAUCUGAUGGUUCACAGUAUCAAAGGCAGCAGACAGGUCUAGAAGGACAAGAGCAGAGGAGAGAGAGUUAGCUUUAGCAGUGCGGAGAGCCUCCGUGACACAGAGAAGAGCAGUCUCAGUUGAAUGACCAGUCUUGAAACCUGACUGGUUUGAAUCAAGAAGGUCAUUCUGAGAGAGAUAGCAAGAGAGUUGGCUAAAGAGUUUUGGAAUGUUAUGCUCGACCCUCUUAAGUUUUCAACCACAAAACACCAGAAAAUGGCCAAAAAGAGUAGAACCAGCUCAGCUGAUUUUACACUAUGAUUUGACUAUUAGAUGUUCAAUGUUUCUUUUGAAUUCAUUUUUUAAAGGAAUAGUUUCACCAUAUUAAAGCGAGAGUUCAGUUCACAUAACAGGGUUGACCUUUUUUGUGUUUUUUUUUUUACCUUAAAAUGAAUCACUAAUCACAUGAAAUAAAUAAUAAUCUUCAGAAAUGACUUUGUCUAAGCAACAGAAAAAACUAGGGCUUUACAAUGAUGGUAAAAACUUUGGAAGACAUUUUGGAGGAUGCACAGAGGGACAUUUUCGCGCAUUAGCAAGUCUUUAUUCAUAUAAAAAUUCGGAUUUAUUGAAUUUUCCAUGUGGUCUAUAUUAAAGGGCACUUGGUGUAAUAUUACAGGCUUUUAAAUCAAACAUUUGUGCACAAUUUCUACUUAAAAUAUCGAAGGGAUGCAAAGGGCACUCAUUUCGUGGAUCAACCCCAAUUUCAGUGCGCUUUGAAAAUAGUUUAAUGGCAAAGGACGUUUUUACAGUACUGAAAGAGUACAUACAUUGUUUUCAUCAAUAUGUUCUAGAUAUUUGCAACCUGCAAAGAAUAAAGAGAAUUCUGUUAAACCAAGAUUAAUAUUUGUAUUUAUUAAAAUGUAUUGUAAUGAGAUUCAACUCAAUAGUACAAUUUCCCACGUGACUUCUAACUUGCUCAAAUGGGAUGGUCUCCCAGACAGAUUCGCCUUCUCCGCAAGGCAUGCCGUUGUUGUGUGACAAAACAACACCAUUAAAAGGCGUUGGAAUAGUUUGGUGAGCAUUACUGCAGCUUCUCUGUUUCUGCAUCUCGAAGGAGCAAGGGGUAAAACAACAAAACAGGUAUUGUAAACGAUUCUUUCUGCUUUCUUGCAAGAUGUUCUGAAGGCCACCGUGGAUAAUUUAUUGCAAUUAAUUUUGCUACGAUUAAUUUAAUUCCCUCCGGUUAAAUACAUUUGAUAUUCAACUGAUUUUAAAUGAACUGCCACUUUUAAAGGUGUAAAGUUCACCACUUUACUAGUUAAAAAUAACCCUUUAAGGGUCCUUGAUGUUUAAUUAUGAUCUAUAUAUGACACACAGGAAAAUAAGAUUUUGUUGUUGUCUACAUCAAUGAAUAUGUAUAUAUUAAUAUGUUUUAUUAUUGUUUCAUUCACUUCUCACUUACACCUCUGCUACUCCCCCUAUGGACGUUCUACCCCGCCCACCCAACGGACAUUUACCCUGCCCCCACCCCCCAAUGGAUCUUUAUCAUUGCUACACUUGUCAAUGUGUGUAUAUAUUGUUAUUAAUUUGUUAUAUUAUUGUCUCAUUCACUUCUCUUUUUUUGACCUGCACUGUUGCUCGGAGCUUAAUAGUUUCACUGCACCCUGCAAUUACAUCUGUGACCCUGUGCAUGUGACUAAUAAACUCAUCUAAUCAUCAGUCUCUCUGUCUACUAUCUUCAUAGAUCACCCAUCAAAUAUCCUGUACCCAGUUCCACCAUGAAUAUCCAGUCCGCUAUCAACAGGGAGGUGUUUGCUCCCCGGGAUGAGAGGAUGCUAGUGGCCGUGGAGGUCAAGAGGAGAAAAAGGAAAAGAGUCCCCUUUCUUCCCACUGGAGGCAAGGGAGAAUACAUGACAUACAUCUGUUUGUCAGGUAACACCUAUGUUAGCUGCUUUUUUUAUACAUCCAACAUCAUGACUACAUCAGCAUUCAACAUCUUUUUUGUAGACCCUCAGCCCGUGUUCACAAAGCGUCUCAGAGUAAGAGUGGUGAUCUAGGAUCAGUUUUAGCCUUUUAAAGAUGCACUAUGCAGAAAUCGCUCUUCCAUUUCCUGGUUGCAAAAAUUCUAAUAGUUCGCCUAAUUUCAGUUUAUAUGACAAAACAAGCAAGUGUAGACAAUCGCUGUACCAUCUAAACUGCUGUGAAAUAUAUUUUCCAUAGCCAAAAAUAUUGUAUUUUCAGCUGUUUGAAGCUGGUGUACAAAACCGAAAAUAAAACUCGCAAAAACUAAACUUAAGAACAGGAAGCUUAGAAAUGACGGGGGGGGGGACCUGAUCCAGAUGAGCAUUCCUACUUUGAGACACGCUGUGAAUACGGGCCCAGGUAUACUGAGAGAGCAGGUUGAUAGAUCAGUGUGACUUUUUGAAUUCACUAUCCUGUUGCUACUCUGUAGUCCUGCUACAUACAACUCUCUUGUUCAGGAGGGUAUUGAAAAGCUGCAUUGUUUAACCGUCUCAUAGUGGCAUUGUCUGAAUGGAAGGAUGCAGAGGUAUUCAUCGUGUUGCAAUAAGGACAUUGUGCUGCUGGCAAUGUAAGAUAACUGCGUCUGACACUGUCAGGACAUGGAUCCUAAAAUUGAGCAUGAAGGAUCAUUCACAUAUUUAGCUGUGUUCAGUGUCACCGGUCUUCAUAGUCGCUAUUGUUACUUUGAUGAAGUCACCCAGAGCCAUGGUCAUUCACUGGCCCUACCCAAACACCACUGAUGGGUGGGUGAUGGCUGGCUGGGUGUCCUCAGCUGGCACUGCCAGUCUCCCCCCGUUACAAAACCCUCAUAUCGUGUUAACAAGAGAAACCACUGAAGAAGAAUAGGCAUUGGCGGUCUGUUUGUUGAUCUGCGAUGGUGACUGGUCACUAAUGCCUUCUGUGUUGGGUUAAUUUGUUCACAAUGAAACACAUAUCUAUUACUGGAUAGCCAAUCUUUUAUCAAGUGUCUUUUUAAUCUUCUAUCGUGAUUCUAGUAGGGAGUACAUUCACAUUUCCUUCCUCCAUUGUGGAUGUUAUGAAGUGUGCUUGCUUACCUUUCAGUAUUGGCAUAUUUGUAAACCCUGACCCCCUCCCAAUCCCCCAGUGACCAAUAAGAGGCCAGCUCAGCUCCUCAUCACCAAGGUCAAGCGGUUUGGAGGCUCCGCCCCCUUCACCAGGAGGUCACAGUGGGCCGUGGAGCAGCUCCGCCAGGUCAACGGCAUCAACCCCAACAAGGUGACAUCACCACCAGUAUACAGGCCUAUUGGCUGGGAUUGGAGGACCUUCUGACCCAUGUUUGUUUAGACCAAUAUUCCCCCCUACUGUCCAGUGACCUAUACUGUGUCCCUCCUGUGUAUCUCCCUCAGGACUGCCCAGAGUUUGACCUGGUGUUCGACAAUGCCUUUGACCAAUGGGUGGCCAGCUCAGCACCAGAGAAGUGCAUCUUCAUCCAGAUCAUGUACCACGCCUGUCAGACCUACUGGGAGGGCAAGGAGGGGGUCCCUGGUGGCCCAGCUAGCCCAGCUGGGGACCAGCAGAAAGGCCAAAGAGGUCAAGGGGGCCAGAGUAGCCCAGGGGCCCAGGCUAGACGGAAGAGCACCGUGGGUCCCAGGCCCCGCCAGACUGAGUUUGUUAACUGUCAGUCCAAACUCACAGGAGGUAAGGGAGUGUUGAAGGAAAAUGCAGUCUAUCAACAGUCAGUCCCAAUUCACUCCCUUCCCCUUGGUCCUAACCCUUCCAUGUUUGCAGAUCGAAGUGCUAGGUCCUAGGGGAAGGGUUAGGGAGUGAAUUUGGAUCAUAUGUGAGUGUGAAUUGUUCUGGGACCACUGGGUCAACCCUAGGAGUGGCAUGUCUUCUCAUCUCAUAUAAUAUGGCAGGGACUCCAAUUUCAUGUUUGAUUCUGUAGUAAAAAAAAAAAAUCAUGGUUAUAAUACGGCUAUUAUCAGAUUCGACUAUUUGUGUCAUUGGGUGUCAUUGUUGUCAUUCUAACAGAUGCCUGCACAAUGAAUCUGGUCAUGUACCGUUGCAAGGUCUUUUUCAACCGCAUGAAGAAGGUGAUGGUUUCAAACCAAAGCCGUUCUCAGGCUGGAGGUAAGUGAGUCAUAAAAGCCCAAAUAACCUCUAAUACUCACUGAGUAGCAACACAAUCUUUGCAGAGAUGACAAAGGCAUGUGGGAACAUGACCUUAGUAGGCCUAUGGCUGUAUCCGUUAUAUUCUCAUGGAUUCCUAAUCCUCUCUCAGGAGAUGGAUGGUUUUGGUCUAUUGUCUUCUGUUACACCUCUCCGCUGCAGUAGAGAAUGGCUCUUCUAUGAGGUUGUGCCUAGAUGAGUGGUGACUUUGUGUCCAAACCUCCUGCUAAAAAACAAAGGCUGGCCUUGAGUCUCCGGGGCAGGGAGACUGAGAAGGAACGCGGCUCCCCAUUGAACCCGCUGACAGGGGGGUUGUCAUGUGUGGUACUGGGAGAGGUGCCAGGCAGUAGCAAGACCUAGCGAGACAGAGCAACAGCAAAUGUUGCGGAUUCUUUGUCCUAAGCUGACCAGGGCCUGUAUCCACAAAGCGUCUCAGAGUAGGAGUGCCUUUUGGAGCAUAAUGAAUAAUAUUAUAUGGACAGAUCCUAGAUCAGCGCUCCUUCUCUGUGACACUUUCACCCAUGAACAUACUGAACUAAUCUGUUUUAUAACUGUUAAUGAUCAAUUAACAGGAUUUGUUUGCAGUCUUCUAAGGAUCCCAUCUCUGAUGCACUACUCUCUGUCCCUGUGUGUUGUGCAGCAGGUCCUAGAGCAGGUCCCAGUGGGCAGCACCCCCCAGGGGGCAGUAUGGGUAGUGUAGUCCAGAGGGCCAGCCAGGCCCUGCAGGAGCGUGGGGAGAGACUGGGCCGGGCCGAGGACAAGACGGCAGACCUGAUGCACACAGCCCAGCAGUUUGCAGACACUGCUCACAAGGUGAGACAUAGCAUUGUUGAAUGGAAAUAGUAUACACACACACGCACACAGAUUCAGCAUGUGGUUAAAAGUUUGACUUCCCUGAGUUUGGUCCACUUUGGUCCAACUUUUAUUAUGAAGUGUGCAUCAUUCCACACUAUGGAUAUCCUGCUGUGUAAGUUGACCUUGUUUAGAAUGUCUACCCACUGAGAAAGCCAGCAGGGCUACAGGUAACCUCAUCUAAAAAAUAUCAGGCCCUAGAAUGCCCUCCAACUUGCCCAUCAAAGUGAAAAUACCUUUUUUAUUUCAUAGGAAAUUAGAUAGAAUGUGUAAAUGAUGAUUUUCUUUCUCCUCUAGCUGGCUCUGAAGUAUUCAAACUAGAGGCAAAUCUUCCUGUGGAUCUGCUCCUGGAGUCAUUGGUCCCAAAUGUACAUUAAUUCUAGGUAAUAACAUCUAUACUAAUGUUGGACUGCGUUGAAACUAAUGGACUAAUGUUGGACUGAGUUGAAACCCAGUGGACACACUGCAAUUCCUCUGUGAAGAAUACUAUCUAUUCUAAGGGAGUACUGGGUUAUUGUACUUGCUCUUAGGACUUUGACUGUGGACAAGCAACUGUCACUUAUGUCAGAAGGACAUGAAAACGUUUACAGAUGGGCAAUGGUGAGGACGAUCCAGGAAUGGACCCCAGUAUUAAAGAAUUACCUUUCACCUCUAGAAUGGGACCUGUGGAUUACAUGAUGGUGUCCUUUCAUGGGAUAGAUAGCUGGUAUACUGGAUAGCAAUGUUGUGUUACAAUGCUCCCACUGAUUGAGUGUCUUCCCUGCUUCAGUAGCCUCUGCUCUGAUAACAAUAAUUUUUGAUUUUAUUCAUUAACUUUUGUUUCGUGCGGUUUUAGAUAUUUUAAUAUGGAUUUAUGAAUUCACACAGUGAACAGAUGACAAGUGAAGUUGAGAACUUACGUGUCUUCUCCACUAUGAAUGUAUUAUUUCAAUGGUGGUUUGCUCAUUGCUUAAAUUAUUGAUAAUUUAUGACUGAAUAGGCACACACAAAGAGCAGCUUGUGAAUAUUGGCACGAACAGAUGCAACUCGGAUUGCACAUUUAUUCCUGGUGUUAUCAUUUUCUAUAGUUUUCUCGAUGUAUUGUUGGGAAGGGCCCGUAUGUAAGCAUUUCACUGUUUGUCUACACCUGUUUUACGAAGCAUGUGACAAACCCAUUUUGUAGAUGGUUUUUACAAAUUACACAUUCAUUGAAUGUUUGAAUGGCAUUGAAUGCAUAAGUAUGGCUCUUUAAGGUUAUUGCCUUCAUGUUUUGUCAGAGCAGGUGCAGGGGAACGAGGAACACCUGGUGAAAUAAUGUUUUUCUUUGCAUGGUUGUGUAAUAGUCUAAUUUGCUUUCACUAUUUUUCAAUGCUCAAUUCCUCCAGUACGCUUUCCCUGCUUGUAUCAAAACCAUUGGUUAGUCACCAAUCACUAUUCCAAAUUCAAGUUAAUAUAUUCCUAUUUGAUCCUUGAUCUUGUCUCUUGUCUUUGUCUAAUCGUGUUUGAUUAAUUGAUCCCCUGAAUUGUCACUGUCUUGUCACGUAUGUCAUCUGUUUUUGUCUCUUGUGCCAUAUUUACAUGUAUGCAUGUACUUUUUUUUAUCUUCAAAUGAUGGUCCCGUGUCAAAAAUAGUUAAGUGUAGCAGUUGGAAUGAUGGGUUCAUGUAUGUAGACAGGGCUCUUCUAGGUGAGGUCAUAAGCAAGGUAUUUAAUGUUGACUGUAAAUGUUUGUGUGUGAUGGUAAUCACUUCCACCCAGCCGGCUCUAUGCGGUAGCAAAUUGAUCCUGGGGAUGAGGUUAGUGUGAUGAAGGUUCUGAUUAACACUGUAGAGAUGAGACCGUUGAGUUGGAUAGUGAUGAGGAGACUGGUAGAGAUGAGAUGGGUUCAGUUGGUUAGUGAUGAGGGUUGGUUAGGAGGAAGGUCUAGUUGUUGAAGGUCUAGCUAUAUGCUGUUUGCUGUUUUGACGCCUAGUGAUAAUGUUUUUAUUCUACACAGUACAGACAGAGUUUACAGGUAAACGCCACCCCAAAACUAUCUUUUGGUAUUUGUUU